AGUAGACAGAUAAGGAUUGAGAGCGCUAUGGCUGGCAUAAAAACGCAAAUUCUUAGCUCACACUCAAGACUUCCACCAAUAAAACCUGUGGCAGCAACUGGUCCAGCAAUUGAAAGACCAAUCUAUCAAGAACAAGAUGUACCAAAGGUCUUUGCAUGGGGCAGCGGCAACGUCGGCAACAGGAAAGGAUCCCCUCCCAUGCCAAACAAAGGCUUGUCUAAGUACGUGGCUCAAUUUUGUCAUGUUGUCAAGGUGCCAGAAUUUAGAACUAGUAUCACCUGCCCCUGCGACAAUCGCACCGUUGAACACCAUGUCUCAAGGCAUUCUAUGGUUUGUGAGCACUUCAAGCGCAAGAAGUGGUAACUUUGAAUAUCUACACCCUUUCCGAAAUGUCCAGAUUUGCGAGAAGAGUUGAAUCUCCGCGUUAUAAGCAAGAUUAUUCGAGCAGUGCGAGAAACGUGAAAGUCUAAACCAAACACAACAAAUUUAAGCAUAUAAUCUCUACAACAGAUUAGGACCCCCACUGCGCUGAGCGAUACGCAAACAGUUCCCUUCGCAAUUAUGAGCUUCCGUGGACCCAGUAUCUGCCAACGUCGAAUUUUCGAUCAUCUACCGUUAUGGCAAUAAAGAUGUGAUGGCUGCAUUCAACCUGCGCCGCAUCGUUCAUCACUACGCAACAACUGGUGCUCGUCCAGCGUGGAAC